AUGGGUGCCCGCAGCCUAUACGAUGCGGAUACGCGGAGCGACUCUCGACAUGGGUCGCAGGAGGGAGGCAGUGAGCGGACCGAAUCAAGAGCCCCUUCGCACGUACACGUACACGGACAUGGACACGGCUCCAAGACCAGCCAUGUGCUCGUGCCCACCAUACUCGACUCGCAUCGCCGCGACCUUUUCGCUUCCUACCCGGCCAUGGGGGGACGGCACUCCAUGCAAAGCGUGGACGAGUAUGUGUAUAUCCAGCGGAACGAAGAGCUCCUGCUCAAGAUCCGCCCUGACGUCCAGCAUCCCGUGCUGUCGGUCCUCUUCCCAAUGUCGAUGCAGGACCCCGGCCUGUUCAAGUGUUUCCUGGUCGGAGCCCAGAGUCUGUACGAGUGGCGGCGCUUCCCACAGCAGGCGAAACCGUCCCAGACCAUGAUGCGCCUCCAGAGCGAAGCAAUCUCGUCGCUGCAGAAACGUCUGACCUUGCCCGCCGCCCAUUUGGACGACGGUCUGGUGAUAUCAGUCCUGCACCUCAUGGUUGCCGACGCAUGUCUACGCGACCUUCCGUCGUUGAAGUCUCAUCUAGGGGGUAUAAGACAGAUAAUAGCUCUGCGCGGUGGACUCGGGAGUUCCCCUUCACACCUUGCAAUACGCGCUCUCCUUACGACAGUCGAAUUCUACAUUGCCCUAGGCCAGUAUCUGCGGGUCAGUCCCGACGACCCGGUCGCUGUGCCGAGCGUGCGCAUCCAAUACGUCCCGCACCCUUUCCCACCAGACGUAUGUCGCUACAUCUCCAAGCUCCCCGUCGGGCUCGCGGAAGCCGCGCUCUCCGGUCGGCUGAGCGUGCAAUGCAUCAAACUGCUCACGUCAGUCGCAGACUGGGCACCCUUGGUCGAUGACCCGCAGUCGUCGUCCGAGCCCGACUGCGACCCGCAGAUCAGAUACUGCCGGCUGUUCUGUGAGCCGCGGGAAUACUCCCGCAACGCCGUCAUUCUGCUGCUGUCGCUGCAGCGAUCCGGGAUCCCGCCUGGGCUCGAACACGUCAUCUGCCUCGGCCUGGCCAUCACGGUGCGCCAUUUGAGCGGCGAGAACCGCACCAACUUCUUCGACGGGACCACGCUGGACGCCCUGAUCAGCAACGUCAAGGCCAUCGACACCCCGACGCUGCCGGAGUCCGAAGUCAUCAUCUGGCUAGCCCUCGUCGUCAACUGGAGGACCCAGUUGGCCGGCCCGCUGGCCAACGCCGACGACCUGCUCGACUAUGUCAUCGACUCGUUCCCCGCCGCGCGCACCUGGAAGGCCGUCUCCGUCAUCGCCCGCAAGUUCUUCUGGUUCGACCGCUUCCGUCUCGACUGGGAGAAAUGCUGGCAGUGCGGCAUCCAGAGGUUUCGCCAGCGUCUGAUUGCUGGCAAGUGA